CCCCGAAUCAUGCCCUCCGAUGCUCUCCUUUCCCGCCCGCUGGCCAGCCCUUUCGCCUCACUGGCUGUCCUCUGCGCCAUUUGGAAGAUCGUCCUGUUUGUCGUUGCUCUGUCCAGUCCCGGGCCAGGCUACGACACCUCGACUAUAUUGUUGUUUGGCACAGAUGCCGCCAGUUCCAUCCCCCUUUCGGCCUCGCUCGGAUCCCGCCUUGCCGUCAAGCUGACCCGCUGGGACGCCAUCUACUUUGCCAAGCUGGCACAGCGGGGCCACGUCUACGAGCAAGAAUGGGCCUUUAGCUGGGGCUUCGCGCGUCUGAUGGCCAAACUGGCUGCCGCUCUCCCGACUUCUGAAGGCGGUUUGACUGCGCAAGCUUUGUCGGGUAUCUGCAUCGCCAAUGUCGCUCAUUUGCUCUCCGUGCUGGUCCUGUACCGCCUAGUGACCCUCAUGCUGCCAGACCCGAGUGAGCGCAAGACGGCUUUUCUGACUGCAUUGCUCCACGUGCUAUCCCCUGCCGGUCUGUUUCUUAUGGCGCCUUAUGCCGAAUCUCUCUUCUCCCUGCUCAGUUUUGUUGGUAUGCUCUGCUACUGCUAUACCACGACGUUUGAUGGGACGUCGGCCGUAAUGUACUGUUUGAGUAUGCUCGCUUCUGGCGCCUCAUUUGGGCUGGCCGCCGUCCUUCGCGGUAACGGUCUGCUGAACGGUAUCAUUUUCGCAUAUGGUCUUAUUUCCCAUCUGGCGUCCAUUUCACGGGGCGAGGCGCUAGCGACGGCAUUCAGGAGGAUCAUCUGUACCAUCCUUGCUGGCUGCUUGGUAGGCGUCGGCUUCAUCCUGCCUCAAUGGAUAGCGUAUCAGCGAUACUGCUUAGAGGAAUCGGGGCGCCCGUGGUGCUCGAGGAUCCCGCCUAGCAUCUACACGUGGGUCCAGGAGCAAUACUGGAAUGUCGGUUUUUUGCGAUACUGGACGCUAUCCAAUGUGCCGCUCUUCCUUUUGGCGGCGCCAACAUUGUGGGCGUUGCUGACAUCUGCGCAGCGAGUCAUACUGAGAAAAAUAUAUGCAUCUGACAAAGGUCAGCCGACGGCGGCUCUUCCGCACGAUGCCAUGCUGCUGUUCGCACUUCCUCAGCUCGCGCUCGCUGCGCUGGCCUUGACCAACUUUCACGUCCAGAUCAUCAAUAGAGUCUCCUCUGGAUACCCGUUGUGGUAUAUGGCCAUUGCAGGGGGCCUCAAUGAGAAGAGCCAACUGCAUUCUUUGGCGAUCGCGCCGAAGCACAAAUCUAACUGGAUUUUGCGGCUGAUGAUCAUUUACUCAGUGGUGCAGGGCGGGCUCUUUGCGAGCUUUCUACCCCCAGCAUAAACCCGGACCCGACGGUUUAAUGCACGACGCAUGUCAGAUCAGCUCGUAGACUAGUGCUUCGACGUGACGAGAGCCGCGCGACGCAUAUCCAGAUACAGGUGACGGUGAGGGAACUGAAAAUUGAAGGUUUGGAACAAUCCCUUGUACGCGACUUUUGGUUUCGCCCAGACACGCCGUGUCAUCGGCCUCACGCGCCAUAUGACUUGGCUAUGAGAAGUAAGGGUGCUCCAACGCGAAAAAUUAUCGGAUGACUCCCA